AUGUUGUUUAGUAGUGGAUGUAUUAUUGUGUUAGUCUAUCUCUUUCUGUCUCCAACAGUUCGUUCACGUAACAAUGCAGAAACUGAAAGCAGCAUGGAAAAAUCACUUAUUCGUGUGAUAUUAGAACGUUAUAAGCAAAAUGGUGUCGUUGGAAGACCUGUGAAUAAUAGUCGUGUAAAAAUGGUAGUUCAGUAUGGUCUCCAAAUGAUUCAGCUGCUUGGGCUUGACGAAAAUAAACAAGUUUUAAAGACAAAUUGUUGGGCUGUAUAUAGAUGGAGUGAUUCUUUAUUGAAAUGGAAUGCAAGUCAGUAUGGUGGUAUUAAAGAAUUGAGGAUAUUUCCACAUCAAAUAUGGACACCUGAUAUUAAACUCUAUAAUUUUGCAGAUGAACGUUUACAAGAGUUUCGAGAAGGUCGUUUAGUGGUAGAUAGCAGUGGCAAUAUACUGUGGAUUCAGCAGGCAUUAUUCAGAAGCACAUGUCAAGUUGAAAUUACAUACUUUCCAUUUGAUAGUCAGGUUUGUAUGUUAGAGUUUGGUUCAAUGGCGUAUGAUAAAACCCAAUUAGAUUUGGACUUUUGGAUACCGGAUGGCAGUGAUACACCAAUGCCAUAUGUUGAUUUCUCAGAUUAUGUACCUGCGAAUGAUUGGUUUACAGAUGGAGAAGCAGAACGACAUAUUAGACAUGAAGAUCGAAUACAUCAGUUACGGUCUGUAAAACGAUAUCGAGUUAGAGAACAUUUGGUUGGAUCAACGAAACAUGAAAGAUAUUAUCCAGUUCUACGUUAUUUAAUACGUAUUUAUCGUAAUCCAAGUUUUCACUUGUUUAUUUUAAUUGUUCCAUGUUUGUUAUUAUCACUGUUAAGUUUGGUGGUCUUUUGGUUACCACCGGACUCAGCUGCGAAAAUGAUGCUAGGCAUAAACAUCUUCGUGGGAUUUUUCGUAUUAUUAUUACUAUUGGCGAAAUCAAUGCCUAGUGCAAUCAAAAAUUUCCCCAUAAUAGGUAUUUUCUUUUGCUUAAAUAUGGUCAUGGUCACAUUGUCAAUAUUUGUGGCUACUUGGGUAGUAAAUUUAUUUUAUAAAGGAAAUGAAGGUCGAGCAAUUCCAUUUUGGAUUCGUCGAUUUAUCAUUGAUGGAUUAGGUCGUAUAUUAGGAAUUCGACAAAUCAUUCCAUUAAUUGAUAAAUCAAAACGUUUAAAUCCAGAGAUUUCUUCUUUGAAAAUUUCAAUGAAUGAAACCAAUUCAAUACAAACUAAUAUUACCAAUCAUUAUUCUUAUAUCAAUAAUUCAAUCAAUAAUAAUGAUAAUCAAACUAUUCAUUCUGAACUAUUUACUGAUUAUACUACUGAAAUGAAUAAUAAUAAAUUAAAACAACAUUCAUAUAAUAUAAAAGAAUUUUUACAAAAUAUAAAUAUGAAACAAAUCAAAUUAGAAUAUAAAAAUUCAUUAGGUACUGAAUGGCGUAUAUUGGCAUUAAUUAUUGAUCGUUUAUUUUUUAUUAUUUAUUUAUUUACAUUAAUUAUUAUUGCUGGUAUUGUUAUUUUAAAAACUGAUUUACCUGAUACAACUUUACAAUUAAUUAAUCGUAAUGUAGUUGAUUUACAAUAA